UGGUUCCAGAAAAAGCAGCGCAAGGGCAAACGACCUCCCGUGGGUGGCACUGGGGUCAAAGCAAGCCAAAAGGCAAAACCUCCACCACCUCCUCCUCCUCCUCCUCCUCCUCCUCCAGUCCUCCACACAAACUAUCCCCUUCUCCUACUUUCCCCUCCUCAAAUACAACUUAAAUAAAAGCCCAGGGAUAGAAAUUAAUCCAUCGGAUCGCUCCUCAUUUUGGGUGUACAAUAAAAUUCCACUCCUUGCGUGCUCUCCCCUGUUCUCCGCCGCUAUCUCCGAUCCCAAUUCCCCUCCCCCAUCUAUAUAAAUCAUUCAUCCAAGAUCCAAUCUCAUAGAGUGAGAGAGAGAGAGAGAGCACGCGCAAUGGCGAGAGGAAGCGGAGGGGGAGCGGAGGAGGCCCUGCUGGCGCCGGCGAAGACGUGGUACGGGCGGUGCCGGGCGCACCCGGGGGACGAGCUACGGGGGUUCCAGUCGUGCCUGCGGUGGAUGUGCAUGGACCAGUCGGACCGCUGGCGCGCACUGAUGUCGUGGUCCCUCUUCUUCGUCCUUUCCCUCGCCGUCCCCAUCGUCUCCCACUUCGUCCUCUCCUACAACCCCCAUCGCCGCCCCUAUGACCUCUCCGUCCAGCUUUCCCUCACCGCCGCCUCCGCCCUCUCCUUCAUCUGCCUCUCCGCCGUCACCCGCCGCUACGGCCUCCGCCGCUUCCUCUUCCUCGACAAGCUCCGCGGCGAGAGCGAGCACGUCCGCCUCGGCUACACCGCCCAUCUCGACCGCUCCUUCCGCCUCCUCUCCUGCUUCGUCUUGCCCCUCUUCGCCGCCGAGACGGCAUACAAGGUCUGGUGGUACUGCGCUGGCGCCGGGCGGAUCCCGUUCUUGGGCAAUCCCGUGGCCAGCGACGUGGUGGCCUGCGUUUUUGAACUGGCUUCAUGGAUUUACCGGACGGCGACGUUCUUCCUGCUGUGCGUCUUGUUCAGGCUGAUAUGCCAGCUCCAGAUACUGCGGCUGCAGGAAUUCGCGGCGGUGUUUCAGGAGGAGUCGGAGGUGGGACUGGUGCUGGCGGAGCACCUCCGAAUCCGGCGGCAGCUGCGGGUGAUCAGCCACCGAUUCCGGGGGUUCAUCGUCUCCUGCCUCGUGCUUGUCACCGCCAGCCAGUUCGCCGCCCUGCUGCUCACCACUCGAUCGCACUCGGACAUCAACCUCUUCAACACCGGAGAACUCGCGCUAUGUUCGAUCGUCCUUGUGACUGGACUGCUCAUAUGCUUAAGGAGUGCUGCUAAGAUCACACACAAGGCCCAAGCACUCACAAGCCAUGCUGCAAAGUGGCAUGUCUGUGCUACUAUUGAUUCUUUCUAUGCAGACCCUGAGACUCCUUGUGAGGUUACUUUGAACCCCAACUGUGUCUUUCCAGUGAAUGGUGGUGAGGGUGAAUCCGAUGAAGAGGUCAGUGCUGAGGAUGAACUGGAAGACACAAAGAUUGUGCCACCUCAUGCCCACACCAUUUCCUUUCAAAAGAGACAAGCUCUAGUGACAUAUUUGGAGAACAACAGAGCAGGGAUCACCAUUUUCGGUUUCACGCUGGAUAGAGCAUGGCUCCAUACCGUUUUUAUGCUUGAAACGACACUGUUCUUGUGGCUAUUGGGCAAGACAAUUGGGAUUUCGUAAGGUGGAAUGUCUUCGGUUUUUUUCUUCCCCAUAAUUUUAUUCACUCUCUCUACAUGUAGAUUCUCUUCCCCUUGUAGAAAGUUUUGAGGUAUACAAAUGAAGGCGGUGGAGGCAUUCAAGUAAUGUCAUGUAAUAUAGGUGUUGCAUCAGCUGUUCGUUUAUUCAGUCGUUGAUGAAGCAGUCCAUAAUACCAUCCUCCUGUCCUUUGAAGCUUCCUGUUCUUUUAUUUUAUAGUGUGCUGUUAGGGUUUGGCAGAGUAUUGUAUCCUUUUAUUUUUUAGGCAGCCUCCUGCUGUCUCGUGGAUCUCUUGUUCUUUUAUUUUGGGUGUACAAGGAUGGUUCGUUGAAUCGUUGUUAAGGAUGGUUGCUGACCAUGUGCAUUUAUUA